GAAACGCUGAUGACCGAGAUAACCGGUGACUGCUUUCUCCGCCUCCGCUUCUAGAAAGAGGACUGAAGGAGCGAGGCGACUGUCGCCGCCUAUAUUAAUACGCGCCCUCCUCCAACUUCUCUCCUCUCCACUCCUUUCUCUCCCAGCUCCCAAAAUUCCCUCUCCGUCGCCGCCGCUCCCAAAAUCCCCUCUCCGUCGCCGCCUCUCGCCAGGUCGUUUCCAAGCCCCGUUGGGGGCCUCGCCGGCGCCGGCAUUGGAUAUAACCUCGCCCGCUACCUCCGUCCGAAUGCAGGGCCUUGAUAUUUAAUGGGCUGGAGGUGGUACAUGCAUGUUCGCAGUGACAAGAACACAUUGAAACGUUGGUUUUUCAUUGACAAGAGGCUUGUUAAAGCAUUUUUGGUGCACUAACCUUUUGUUGUCUGUAAUUGGUUUCACAACAAGUUUCUUGGGGGGUUGUGUCCUGUUGAUGGAUUUGAAGACAGGCCUCAAUUCACCUGUUAUUGCUGACCAUCUCCCUACGUUAGCAUUGCCUGCUGCUGUCAUGACUUUCACAACACCUACUAGCUUUCCCUCUCCGGGGCUUUGCUUGAACACUACAAAGAAGAUACCUCUGCCUGGUAAGAUUGAAGAAGUUCGUGCUGCUGGAUGGCUUGAUCUCAUGAAGGCCUCAUCACCUACCCGCAAAAGGCAGAUCAAGGAUGUCAUCUGUGAUGCUCAAUCUGAUCUUGAUUUGCAAUACUGCAACUGGACAGUGAACUAUCCUUCUGCUUUGAUCUCAUUUGAGGCAAUUAGUGAUCUUGCUGGGAGUAAAAGGUUGGCAUUGUUUCUUGACUAUGACGGAACACUUUCACCGAUUGUGGACAAUCCUGAAAAUGCAUUAAUGUCUGAUGAGAUGCGUGCUGCAGUGAGGCAUGCGGCAUCACUUUUCCCAACUGCAAUCAUUAGCGGAAGAUCUCGUGAUAAGGUUUUUGACUUUGUGAAGCUAAAUGAAUUGUACUACGCUGGAAGCCAUGGAAUGGACAUAAUGGGCCCUGUUAGGAAGACUACUGACUCCAAUGGCGUGGAAUGUAUUCGGUCAACUGAUGUGCAUGGUAAAGAAGUCAACCUGUUCCAACCUGCUAGUGAGUUUUUACCUAUGAUCACUGAGGUGUAUGAAAAACUUGGUGAGAGUGUUAAGGACAUUGAUGGUGCAAGGAUGGAAGACAACAAGUUCUGUGUAUCUGUGCAUUACCGUAAUGUGGCGGAAGAUAUUCCUACUCUUGCAUCUCAGGACUAUAAAAAGGUUUUCCAUCGUGUAACUGCUGUUUUGGAAGGUUACCCUUGCCUAAGACUAACCCAUGGGAGGAAGGUUUUUGAGGUCCGUCCUGUUAUUGAUUGGAACAAAGGUAAAGCUGUGGAGUUUUUACUUGAAUCGCUUGGGCUCAGCGAGAGUGAAGAUGUUCUCCCUAUCUAUGUUGGAGAUGACAGAACAGAUGAAGAUGCAUUCAAAGUUCUGAAGGCAAGCAACCGUGGCUUUGGAAUAUUGGUGUCGUCUAUACCCAAAGAGAGUGACGCCUUCUACUCCUUGAGGGAUCCAGCUGAGGUGAUGGAAUUUCUGAGAAUGUUGGCAGCAUGGAAGGAGCAGUCCACCUGAUAUCAGUUUUGCUGGGUCUGAGAAUGUGGGCAGUCCACAAGAUUAUAAAUAUUAGCAAGAUAUAUAAUAUAUAAUGCUAAUCAAAUAAAUCGGCUAUUAGGAGGACUCGAGCCAUUUUUUUGAUUUGGCAUUUUAUAAGAGGCUACCACAUUUCCAUACUUUUUCAGUCCCACUUUGUUCUUGUGUUAAAUGGGUUUUCAAACAGUUCAAUUCUUUCAUUAUUUAGGUUCCUUAAGUAUAUAUGCAAAUAUUCUUAAAAGGGAUUUUUUGGUUCCUUCUAGUGUUUCACUGUGUUGCGAUUUUUGUAUUCUGCAAUCUGUAAAGAACCGGUUCUUCGUAUAAACAGCAUUUGACAAUGCCUCAUGGAAAGUCAAGUUAUGAGCAAGGAGCCGCGGAUGCAUGCAUGUUCUGUGCCUGGGCCUUUUUUA